CAUCAUCAUUUGCCGUUUUCCUCAUCUUUUCCUAUCUUCAAGCCAAAGCCCGCGCCAAACCGAAGCACCAUGAAAUCCGCCAUCUUUUUCGCCCUCUGCGUGGUGGUCUGCAGUGCCCGCACCCUGGACAAACGGGCCAGCGAUCAGAAUCCCAAAGUAUUCUCCGCCUUGGACAAACUGAGAGGUGGCGCUAACAAGGCUUUGAGCGUUGACCAGAUCCAGGAAUUGUGGUUGAAUGUCAAGCCCGGCCAAGAUUUCCCUCUCAUUGCCACCAUUCCCAAAGCCAAUGUUGACUGUGCCUCAGUCAAGCCAGGUUUCUAUGCUAACGAUGGAGAGGGCAAAUGCCAGGCUUUCGACCGUUGCGACGUCAACGGAAACUUGACCAGCUAUCUGUGUCCAAACAUGACUCUGUUCAACCAGAUCACCUUGAUUUGUGAUUGGUGGUUUAACAUUGACUGCUCGCAAGCCCGCUCUUUUUACGACUACACCAACUCGCGCCUGUACGUCGAGGGAGCCGUACUGUUGGAUGAUGAGCCUGAUUACGUCAUGGUCGCUACCGGUGCCGUCGCUGCUGCCUCUGGCGAAGCUCCCAAAGCUGCCAAGAAGGGCGGCAAGAAGGGCAAAAAAGCCAAGGCGGAAUAGAUAACCUUCCUGGACAGGCGGAAUUAACUGGAUUACUGCCGCAUUACGGCUGCGUUACCGCCGUUCAGUUUUGUGAUACUCAAAUUCAAAGUGACACGUGCCUACUUGCACAAAAAUUUUCCUCUCCUGAUUAAGUGCGCAUGGUUGCGGGCAGCCGUGUAUUUCUUACUAACCGCUAUGCAUUUACUACUAAUUCUGAACCAUUAAAAGAAUUGGAGAAAUGUGAUAUGAAUCGUACG